AAAUUUCAACACAAGGUUUUAAUGUCCUGCUGCUAUUAAAGAUAAACAGCAUUUUUUUCAGUUGCAAUGAGGAAUGAAAUGACUGCGUUGUUACUGUGAGGGAAAUGCAAGGAAAGAAAGAGAUUGAGCAACAUCACUGGAGCCUGUACAUUACAGAAAGAGCAGGAGAGGAAAUAAGAAAGAGAACACAAACAGCAAAAAGCAGUAGACCACAUAAAGGCAAAUAUUCAACACAGCAUAAAAGGAGGCGGAUGGACAUUGUUAAACAGAUACAAAGAACUGUAACAGAGCAGGAAGUUACAUGUUGAGACUGAAAGGGGUGAACAGGGAUUCGCCUGCCAGUUUCAGGUGGGGUGAAGAACGAAACACCUUCGAAAAAUUGACUUGGACUCUAUGUAAAAGACGUAGAGUUCUGACCACAUUGGUGGAGGAUAAUGUCUGUUGAGGAGAGAGAGUGGGAGCGUGUUCACUGAGAAGGUAAAACGCUACCUGAGGAGACGUAGCAGAAGGAGGAUAUAGAGGUUCAAUUAUGGGAGUCAAAUGCAGGGCUUGUGUGGCCAUCGUACUCAUCCUCUUUUUGCUUGGCUCCCUGUGGCUCUAUGGAAGUCUGGAACAAGAGUGGAAUACAUGUUAUAGAAUUAAUACUUCAAACAAAAAGGUUCUGUCUUUGAAUAUUAGUAAUAGCUCAGAUGAGGGUGAUGCUCCAAUGAUACUUUGUCCUGGUCAGAGGUUUCAAGUUGCUGAUUUGCUGGCUCAUCUUCAGGCGGCACCAGUCUCAGGCAAUGAUGUGCUGCUAAAGCCGUAUCUGGCCAGCUGGGAUGAACUGAUCAAGUUUAUGGAAGCUUUGGGACCAAUGGUGGGCUUAAUAUCUCAAGAAAUCGAGUCAAAGACUUCCAUUAUCCGUAAUCUAGCCCAAAAAGCAACAGUCUCAGGUGACACAUUUGGUUACACUACGAUUCGGUCUAUGAUUGAGUGGGAGCUUGAGAUCGGUUUGGUGGACUUUCAGAAAUAUACGGAAUCAGGCUGUCGGACUCUGUUGCGUUUGCAUCGUGCUCUUCUGUGGCUUCAAAGCUUCCUGCGGGAGCUGGCAAAGGGUAGUGCGGAAGGAGAGCGCAUGCGAAGGCCUGCCGACCUCUGCAGAGAGACUUACCAGCGUACAUUGGCCCAAUAUCAUACCUGGUGGGUGAGAAAAGCUGCGGAGAUGGCCUUUAUCGCUAUACCUGAGAGACCUUACUUCUACCAGUUGGUGUGUGUGGACACGCAGGCGGAAGCAGCUGUGGUGCUGGAGAGGAUGGUGAGAGAGAUAGGAGAACUGUACGAGAGGACUGAAGUAGCUCUCGGGGAACACAAAAUGCUAAACCUACCCUGAGGGAGAGAGGGAUGAUGAAAGAAAUAUUAGGACCAAACUGGCCAUUGAUAAACACCAAUGGUCCAUCAGCGGGACCAUGCCGGGCACAUAAACAUUACAUCAGUGGGAAAGAAACUACAGUAUACAGGUUUUGAACCUAUAUGAGACAUCACUGAAGACAGUUUCUGGAUAAACUACAGUUCAACCUUGAGCAAUAUCAGUUCUUUCGGUAUUACUGAUGUGCUCAAAGAUUAUUUUACUCAAGAAUUAUUAAGACCAGAUGUUUGGGAAUGGAAUAGACAGAUCUCUAAGCAAAAGAGGUAGACUGCUGUUUUGUUUCUAAAAACAUUUAACUUACACUUUACAUACUGAAAGAUAAAAUAUGUUAUUGCCAAUACUUGAGCAGUAAAAUUCCUGGAUUGAUAAAGACCUCUUUGUCUAGAGAAGCGUAAGGUACUGCUCGAUUUACUUCAUAUUGAAUGAAAUCUCAUGUACUUAAGGAACAUACAAACCUGUAAAAGUUAUUUUCAAAGCACAGAACCUCUAACCAAAGAAGUGAAAUGACCUUGUCUUGCAACUAUUAAACAUACUUUGCUUAGUGGA